AUUGAUUUGAUAUGUCUAUACCCGAAAAUCUUAUUUCUUUUCAGGUAUGUUGCCGUUGGAAACGAGCCAUUCCUCAAGACAUACGACGGUCAAUUCACGAAGACGACCUUGCCGGCGCUCCAGAACAUCCAGGCGGCAUUAAUCAAGGCCGGCUUGGGCCGCGACGUAAAGGCCACGGUCCCACUAAACGCCGACGUCUACCAAUCGGAAACCGGCCUACCCUCGGGCGGAAAAUUCCGUUCGGACAUCCAAGACCUAAUGCUCUCGAUCGUCAAAUUCAUAAGCGACAACGGGGCCCCACUAACCAUCAACAUCUACCCUUACCUCAGCCUCCACGCGGACCCCAAUUUCCCCGUCGACUUCGCCUUCUUCGACGGGGGCGCCACCCCCCUCGUCGACGGUUCCAUCACCUACACAAACGUGUUCGACGCGAAUUACGACACGCUCAUCACCGCAUUGGAGAAGAGCGGCUUCCCGUCGAUGCCGGUGGUUAUUGGCGAAAUCGGGUGGCCUACCGACGGAGAUGUCAAAGCAAACCCUAAUUUCGCCCGCCGAUUCAAUCAGGGGCUGGUGAACCGAAUCAGGCGGGGGGUCGGGACCCCCAAGCGCCCGACUUUGCCGGACGUUUACCUUUUCGGCUUGAUCGACGAGGAUAUGAAGAGCGUCGAGCCGGGGAACUUCGAGAGGCAUUGGGGGAUUUUCAAUUUCGACGGAACCGUCAAGUACCAGCUGGAUUUGGGAGGCGGAACCCUAACGGCGGCGAAGGGGGUCCGUUAUCUGGAACGGCAGUGGUGCGUGAUGAAGCCGGAUGCUGACGUGGCGGAUCCGAAUUUCGGGGGGAGCUUGAACUACGCGUGCACGUACGCCGACUGCACGAGCCUAGGGUACGGCUCGUCCUGCGCGGGGCUCGAUUUGAGGGGCAACGCUUCGUACGCGUUCAAUGCUUACUACCAGACGAUGAAUCAGCAGAAGGGCGCGUGUGAGUUCUCUAACCUGGCGGUGAUUACGAAGAUCGAUCCGGGUUUUAAGGACGGUACUUGCAGGUACGAGAUUAUGAUCUACAAUGGUGGAACGCCGGCGAAUAAUCCGGGGACUUCGUCGGCGUCGGCGGAUGUGAGUAGUUCUGGUGUUGUUUCCUGGGUAGCUAUGCUGAUGCUGGCCCUCGUUGCUUAUUUCCAUUAG